CCGUGAGAGAUAAAUGGAGGUUCUCUUUUCACCGUUCUGGAGCCACUAACCAUAUCGAAAACGUUAAAAUGGUUAAGGACCAGGAAGUCGAACGCAUAGCUAAAAAACUGGACAAGAUGGUGAGAAAGAAAAACACGGAUGGGGCUAUAGAAAUGCUGAAGGAGCUCAGAAGCAUGAAGAUGUCGCUGGAGACUCUGCAGUCCACCAGGAUUGGCAUGUCUGUGAAUGCAGUGAGAAAGCAGAGUACAGAUGAGGAGGUGCAGACUGUGGCCAAAACCCUCAUCAAGUCCUGGAAGAAACUGCUUGAUGGCUCAGAAAGCAAACAGGAGGAGAAGAAGGAGGACUCCAUUCUUGCCUCCAUGUGCAACUCUUCCAGGGGAAGCCCAGAGUCCAGCCAGCAGAGCGUAAAACAGGAGGCUCAAAAGACACCCAGCAGCCCCACCACCCCCACGACCGCCAAGUUCACUUCGUUCCCCCCCGCCCCCAUCACCACUGACAGCGUCCGCACCAAAUGCAGGGAGCUGCUGGUGUCGGCCCUGCAGACUGACGAUGAUUAUGUCACAGCUGGGGCUGACUGCGAGAAUGUGGCUGCACAGAUUGAAGACUGCAUCUUCCGGGAGUUCCGUUCCACGGACGCUAAAUACAAGAGCCGCCUGCGGAGUCGAAUCUCAAACCUGAAGGACAAGAAGAACCCAGACCUGCGCCGGAAUGUUCUGUGUGGAAACAUCACCCCUGACCGUAUUGCGACCAUGACAGCUGAGGAAAUGGCAAGCGCAGAGCUGAAGGAGAUGAGGCAGGCUUUGACUAAGGAAUCUAUCCGGGAACACCAGCUCUCCAAAGUGGGUGGAACUGAGACAGACAUGUUUAUCUGCGGGAAAUGCAAGGGGAAGAACUGCACCUACACUCAGGUGCAGACGCGCAGUGCUGAUGAGCCCAUGACCACCUUUGUGUUGUGCAAUGGCUGUGGGAACAGGUGGAAGUUUUGCUAAGGCAUGGGGAGUCUGCCGUCACCUUGAGAAUCAUGGGCCGGAC